CUUGGCUUAGAUUUGAAAAUAAUGAAAACAGAUCACGGGGCCGGAGAAGAGUCAGUGCAUGCGCAUGCAGUGGUCAGAACUCCUUCCCGAUCCCGGCCGCACGAUCGCUCGCGAAUGUUUCUUGCACAUUUCGUGUCGUAAAUGAUUGGCGACGAGCCAAGGACAAGGCGCGAGUGCAAAGAGCUGCAAGGUGGCGGUUACCGGUUGUAGAUAGUUCCCUGAGCCCCACUCCUGCCGUCCUGGACAGAGAAGCAGAGAGAGAGAAAGAGAGAGAGAGAGAGAGAGAGAGAGAGAGAGAGAGAGAGGGGUUUGGCUUACCUCGGACGUAUAGUCCAGGUCACUGCUCGCCUCAGUUUGCCGACGCAGUUGGUUGUUUGUCGGCUGAGAAGCGUCGUACGCCUCGCCAGUCUACAGCCCUGCGCCAUUGUUUGGCGUGCGGUAUGGCGGGAGGCAGCACCAUGCCGAGUACUGCUAUACAUCGCAGAAACAGGUCGCUUGAAGAUGCCGAUCCACGCUUGGCGGAGGAAGCGCACGAAUUCAUCGACUCUCGACUGGAGUUGUUGCGUCGAAGUCAAGACGCUAGUAGAGACAAGAUUCCUGUAAUCUGUAAGCCGCUCACGAGUUACAAUCUGGACUUUAUAUUCGGUUUUGUGAACUCUUUGGACGAAGAGCGUAGAAAGUUUGUCUAUCGCUCGGUCUUCGAUGGAGAUACACAGCGCGCGCUUGAGCGAGAUGGCGUUAUCAACUGGCCUGAAGCUCAUGCCAUGGAUCGCCUGCGCUCCGUGGAGCAGCAGAUUUGCAAGCUCGUCCCGCUGCGCACUCGCGGUGACGGUAACUGUCUGCUGCACGCAGUGUCGCUGGCGAUGUGGGGUGUGGACGACACGAGCUUGCGCCUACGCUCUGCUCUGCACCUUGCCGUGGUGCAUAGUACGGCCGAGGAGAAGCUGCGCAACCGAUGGCGUCGCGCCGUGGACGCCGAGAACCGGCGCAUUGGCGUCCAACUGGAGGAGCACCAGUGGCACGUCGAGUGGAUGACACACGUGGUGCGCAUCUCCGAGCCGCGCCCAAAGGCCAACACGCAGAUGUACGAGAGUCUCGGCGAGUUCCACAUCUUCAUUCUGGCGCAGGUGCUGCGCCGGCCAAUCAUCUGCUACGCGGCGGCCACCAUGCCGGGGGCACACGGCGAGCGCUUUGCGCCCGUGAACAUGGCCGGAAUUUACCUGCCGCUGACAGCACAUCCCGUGGACUGCGUUCGGUCACCGUUGCUGAUUGCCUUCACCGGUGGCCAUUUUGUCGGACUGGUUCGCAAGAACAACACCGGCCUGGUGCCGCUCUGUCGAAAGGACAUGAGCCGGCUGCCAAUCCAGUUCCUUGAGCCGUCCGAGUCUGGCAACAAGGAGAAGCUACUGGACCGCUACCUGGCUCAUAGCUAUGCACAGAUGCCACCAUCGGCCACCAGCGACGUGUUCAUGACAUUUCAACCCAUGGACAUUGCCACAUUUGAGCCGGUGGACAUGCCGCCGGAGCUGCAGGCCCUGGCGCAGGCGUACGUGGAUAACUUCGAAGAGCUGUACUGUGCCGAUGUGGCCACGCGGUGCCGUGGCGCCGGCUGCGAGAACUACCACAUGGAGCAGAGUCCGUUCUGCUCGCGCUGUGUCAAGACCCAGCCACCGUCACCACCAGCGGUCAGAUCCGAUGUGCCGGGAGACAUGGAUGCAGCUGGAGAAGUGUCCAGCAUGAACGGCGCAAUGUCGUCGCAAGCUCCUCUCGCCCCGUCCGCUCCCAUACUCCGGGAUUCGAGCAGUGAGUUGGACCUACACCUCAUCAAUCCAAGGUAUUGCAAUGAACUGGGCUGUUUGAAAGAUUCAGAGACGCAUCUAGGUGGCUUUUGCGGAGAAUGUUACGACAGGCGCCAAGCCUCGCCAUUGACUCGCAAUCCACCACCUCGGCGGUCCCAUCUCAGUGGGAGCGGCACUGGUGGUGGUGAGCAACGUCCGGGGUCUGCUGGCGCAAGUGUAUCAAGCGUGGAUCCACCUCCGCCACUGCACCACAGUCACUCUUCACCGCCCUCAGACCCGUCCACUGAUCUCGGUAGUGCAGCUGAUGGCGCAUACAACGAUGAGAACGUGUCCGAUAUGCCUCUGAUGUGCAUCGAGCCAAACUGCCGUCACUUUGGCAGCACGGAGUUCGGCGGACGCUGCUCGCGCUGUUACGUGCAUCAUCAGACGCGGGAGAGACGCCAGCGGCCUGCCUCUAACGUAUGCCAUCACGCCGGUUGUCAACGGAAGGCGAGUGCUGGCUCUGCGUCAAGGUUUUGUGAAUUUCACAGUCUAUCCAGUGGUUCAGGCUCAACUCGUAGCAACAGCAGUCCUGCUGCGCUCUCUUCAGCUGGUAAUUCGGCUACCAGUGCUGCUAGGGUGCAGCCCAAGGCGGCACCAAAUGCUCGGUCGCCACUGUCUGCAGCUGAUACCUGUUGCACACCUGGCUGCGCGAGGACUGACCUGUCCAGUGGACGUGACUUCUGCAGUCGGUGCGUACGGGAUAUGGAGCGCCUGUGGUUGUCGACGCGACAGCAUACCCGUCGCUGGCAAUGCGGCAAGAGUGGCUGCAGCCGCCUGGUCGACAUGCCGCAGGAGUUCUGCUCUCACUGUCAGCCGCGCAAUCCGCCGCGUGCGCGUCCCUCGCCUCCGACGCUGCACGCAUGCCGCCGUAGCCCGCGCUGCAAGGAGCAGUUUGACGAGAGCGUUUACCGCAUGUACGGCGGCCUGUGCCGCAACUGCUUCAUGGAGCUGGGCGGCGAAACACGCUGCAAGACCAGCGGCUGCCCGUACUACGGCUCUCUGCGCCACGCCGGCUUCUGCUCCAACUGCGCCGAGCGGCAGAAGCGCGAGCGCAUCGCGCUGCAGCAGAGGGCGGCACUGCGCGACCUGCGCACCAUCACACGCCAGGGCAAUCCACUGGACGACUUCACACCCGCCACCGCCGCCACCUCCGCUCAAGACCAGUGCUGCGUGGGCUGUGGACGGUUUGGAAGUCUUCUCGAUCAGCAACUCUGCAAGGACUGCUUCUACAAGAGGUAUUCCUCAUCAGCACCCCGCACUACUCACCACGUUUUGAAUGAUAUCUCCUAAGUGCAGUGGUGAACAUCAUUCACAGGAGACCACUAUAGCUAUCGCGUCCCAACGGCCGCAGCCUGCUCGAUUAUCAUGGCAGCCAAUCACCAUGGCUAUAUGAUCAACAUGGCUAUUCGUUCACAAUGGCAACGUGAUCGCCGUAGCAGUGAGAUCACCAUAGCUAUUCAACGUGAUCGCCGUAGCAGUGAGAUCACCAUGGCUAUUCAAUCACCAUGGCUCUCCGAGUACACCAGGAGGCUGCCAAGCCUGCCAGGUUGCGGUAAUCGCGAGAUCACCCUGGCUUUGAAAUCAUUGCGGGUGUGAGAGCACCACGGUUGCAGGGUCCCCAUGGCUCUGGGCUCAGCACAACUGCACCGCGGACGCACAUGGUACCUAUUCUGCAGGAGGCACACUUUGGCGUAGUGACUCCCGAGAGUAGAAAUGUUAGUGCCUGCAAUGCUGAUAAUGAAUUUGUUUACUUGCGCUCUCUCUCUCUCUCUCUCUCUCUCUCUCUCUCUCUCUCUCUCUCUCUCUCUCUCUCUCUCUCUCUCUCUCUCUCUCUCUCUCUCUCUCUCUCUCUCUAUCUAUCUAUCUAUCUAUAUCUCUCUCUAUUUCUCUCUCUUUCUGUGCUAAUCUGAACAUGACGUGUUUCACCCCACUAUUAAAUUUUGUGUCUUGUAUGCAUUUUUUAACUUUCAUUUCGCUUUGUCACUAUUCCCGGCAGAUAGAACUGCUCCUUUUGUCAGAGGGGCUUCUGCUAGCCUAUGCCUAUGCCUAGCCUAUGGACAGUUCCAGCCUGGACGUAACCCUACCAAUUGUUUGUGUAUAUAUUGUCAACACACUCGUGCAUAUGCUCCUGUUCCGGCUUGAGAGACUCUAACUGACGGACAGUGCUGAAGAAAGCUGGGUGAACAACAUGCGAGUCCCAGGGGCACGCCAAGGAGAAUUCUGAUGGACAGUGAUAAAGAGAGCUGGGUGAACAGUGUGCGAGUCCCAGUGGCGUGCCAAGGAGAUGAUUCUUGCCAAAGUCUGAGCACUGAACAUGAUGUGGCAAAGAUGGCUACUGCAAGGGCUACUCAUGCCUGUCACUGGCCGGUUAGCAUGGCUUGGCUACCUGUGCGAUCAGCGCUCAUCAAAACCCGAGUAUGAAGUUCCUGUAGCCAGUCAAGAGUCUGGGCAAUUCACCCCGCUAGCUUUGCCGAAUGUGCAUUGAGCGUUUGUGAUCCUACCUUAAAAGUCUUGAAGUGAUGCUGAAGUUCGUCAGGACGUAUCGCGGCCUUAUUCUGGCGCUGAGAGAUUAUUGCACUUUUGAUCAAGUAUACUAUCUAUCAUGCUUGAAACAUGACUUCCAUAUCUGCAUUAGCUGAGCCGGCAACAAUGCCACAGCACUUUCUAUAGUGGCUUUGGUUAUUGGACCUUAGCUUGCUACUAGCGGCCCCGGUAUUGCCUCUGCAUCGAGUCGAGUCGGCAUCGAUCGGCUGCAAUGCACUUAUUUAUUAUCAUGGUGUGAUUAGGUGGAUGGUCCGCUGAACACCGGUGCCCGUUAUCUCAUAAAACCGGCACUCUUUACACUUCAUACUCUCUUUUCUGAAUCUUGCAAAGGGAGCCGCUGAGAGCUCCACCGAAAGGCAAAGCGUUGUCUGCCACGGUUUGUGUUUCUUUUCCAAGUUCAUUCAGUGAGCAGGCAACAUGCUCUUUCUGCUGACCGUUAUUGAUUGUCACAGUCUGUGUAUUUGCUAGUGCAACUAUUACUUGUGUUGUUUCAUGUGUCCCCUGUGACUGGAGUGCUUUCCAUUGUAUUGUUUACGUAGUCAUGCAGCCUCCCAGUCUGUCCUUGCCGGCUUCAAGUAUAAAUGUUACUGUUGCAUCUGUAUCACAGACUGCUUUCUGUUUUUGUAAGUGUGGUAUGUUGAAUUCCACUGAUCGGAAGCCAUCAUUAUAGGCACAUGUACGCACAUAUUUUGCCACCGCUGAAGUAACUUCACAUAGUGCUAACGAUACUUUGAGACUGAGUCACAUGCAUAGUGAGUGCUGUCUCUUCUGAACUCCCACAUAAUUAUAUACCUGGUAUACCUGA